AUGAAGGUGGAUCCACAGGGAAUACACUACCUUGGUAGAGAUGGUGUGUUGCGAUCAUUCACGGCAGAUCGCGAGGUCAUCGAUGCAGUCGGCCUUGCCCCGAAGCAUAUCAAAGCCCUGCUCGACAGAACGCCGUAUAUGCAGGAGGCCGAAGAUAUCUUCCGAUGCGUGGAUGGCACCAAAGUGCCCCGGGAGAAGUGGUUCAACCCUGACAAGAGCGACAUACCGCGGACAGCAACUGAAGAGGAGAAGGAAAGGGAAAGGAUAAUGGUCGAAGAGUUCAAGAAGGAGGGGAUUCUGCCGGGCUCGAGGUGCUGCGGACCAGCCACGAUGUCGGAUUACAGGAUUCUUUAG